UAAGCAUUGUGAUAUGUAUAUAGAGAGAAAUAUCUUAGAGGGCUUUAAAUCCUAGGACGAAGUAGAAAGAUUCAGUUUUCCCGUAAAUACGCCAAUAAACAUAUUGAUAAUGUCGGAAAACCUCUGCAUAGCAGCACAGAAUGGUCAUUUACGGGCUGUAGAAACCUUGCUUGCCAAUGGAAGCGAUCCUAAUGCACUAGGAUCGGAUGGUCUGUUUCCACUUUAUUGCGCAUCUCAACAUAACCAAUCCUCCAUUAUCCAAAUUCUUCUCAAACACAAAGCAGAAGUGAAUUUACGAACAAAAUCUGGAUUUACAUCGCUACAGACUGCAGCUGAAAAGGGUUGCGAAGACGCAGUUAAGAUUUUAUUAGAACAUGGCGCAGAUGUCAAUCUGGCAUCUACAUCUGGCAGCAUUUCACCAUUAUAUUUUGCUUGCAUGAGAGGGAAAAAUGAAGUUGUCAAAAUUCUUCUGAGACAUAAAGCAAAAGUUGAUGCCUGCACUUAUGAUGGGUGUACGCCGCUUCAUACCGCAGCUGAACAUGGAUAUGAAGAUAUACUCAAUAUUUUACUAGAGAAUGGAGCGGACGUCAACCUACGCUCAAAGUCUGGACAAAAUACAUUGCAUUAUGCGUCGGGGACAGCUGACACUAAGAUGAUAGAACUAUUGUUGUCCAAGGGAUUGUCGGUCAAUGCUGCUUCAGAAAAUGGAUGUACGCCUCUCUACUUGGCAGCACGAAAUGGAAAUGAUGAUGUUGUCUUACAUCUGAUCAAAACCGGAGCAGAUAUCAAUGCACCUACAGUUGAUGGGUGUACGCCACUUCAAGCGGCUUCCGAGAAAGGGUGUACGAAAACAGUUGAAAUUCUCUUGGAAAAUCAUGCCAAUAUUAACAAACGUCAAAAUACUGGGCGAACGGCUCUAUAUUUUGCAUGUAAAGAAGGACAUGUCGAUGUGAUUAAACUUCUGCAGCAACGUGGUGCGAUGAAUUGAUAUGUAAAAAUAAUCGCAUAUACAGUUGCGAAAUUUUUUAUUCUAAGAAAGCACAUCAUAUCUAUGUUUAUGAACUAAUACAUUUUUCCAUCAGCAGUAAAAGAAAUUACGAAAUCCAAUUUUGAAAGAAUUACAAAAGUAAUUUUUUUUUUUUAUUGAAUGACAUGUAUCAUUCCAUAUUUUAAUAGUACAGUCACCGUUUAUUCUUGAAAAUGCAAAAAAAAAAAAAAAAAUCCAGCAAGAAUAUCUGCUUCGUGUUAUAUUUGUGAAUUAUAAAAUGAAACACUACUAAUAAAUUCAAAAGUUCUUUAAUUCCAGAUGCAAUGAUAAUCUACGAAAGCCCAAAAGGCUGAUUCGAGAUUCGAAAUUCAAAUUACAAGAUUCGAAAUUCAAAAUACGAGAAUUCAAAAUCCAAACUAACCAAUCAAAAUGUAGGUCACAAUAGAUUAAAGGUUAGAGGGUACGUGUAUAUAAACUUAAAUGAGAGAAAGCUUAUUCUUCUAAUAUGUUUACCAAACAAAGAAACAUUAUUUUUUAAAACUAUAAAUCAAGUUUCCUAGAAAUAAGUUUCCUGAAACAUAAACAAAAUAUAAAAAGAAACGACAUAGAUCGUACAGAAAUAUUUAUUCAUGGUUCGAAUUUCCUCCAUUGUAUACACACAGGCGUCUGUAAAAGAUGGAAAGGGUGGGAAGAUAUUUGCAUAUUAAGUAUCUACACUUCUACCAACACCCUUCCUCUUCUGAUUUUGUUGCGGUGAUAAUUUCUCCGAAAUGUAUGGAUUCAUUUUCCAUCCCAUUCAUAUUUCGAUUUAUAUUUAACGUUUGACGCCUUUUGCAAGCUUUCUACCAGUAUAAUAGGAGUACUAUAAUUAUCAGUAUAGUAAUCGCUGAAUAUAUUCGAAUAAUAAAAAAAAAACCAAAAACCCACUUAUUUGUCAUAAUAUAAUUUUUAUGCACCACUUUUGUUUCCAUUAAAGAUUCAUAUUUGUAUUUCGCAAUUCGUGUUUUGUAACGAUAUUGUGGCUGGGUGACUGCAAGCAACUCAAGCACCUGUGAACUAAAAAUCAUAAUGUAAUUACUGGUAUUGAUUAUCGUGUGUUUAACCAGACCAGUAGCCGGCCAGCAAUUUCAAAAAGGGGGAGGGAAUGUGAAAAGUAUUUAACUGAGAAAAAACCACCCAUUUUAGUGUUUGACCACUGAAAUAUCCACAGGCACCAGACGUAUCGACACUACUACCAACCCCCAACCCCCUCCCCCAUUCAUUUUGAUUUUUUGCGGCGAUAAUUUCUCCGAAAUGUGUGGAUUUAUAUAAUCUUUUCACACUUUUUGUAAGCUUUAGAGGGUAUUCUAAUGCUUGCAAAAAGCGUGAAACGCCCAUACGGAUGGGAAUCUGACAAGGGAUCCACACAUUUCGGAGAAAUUAUCACUGAAAAAAAAUCAGAAAAGGGUGUGGGUGGGUGUUGGUAUCGAUACUUCAGGUGCCUGUGCAAAUAUCUUCCCCACCCAUUCAUUUUUUAUAGGCGCAUGUGUGUAAAUAAUGGAGGAAAUUCGAACCAAGAAUAAAUAUUUCUCUCCGAUCUAUGUUGUCUUUUUUAUAUUUGUUUAUGUUUCAGAAAGCUUAUCUACGUGCGUCAUUCCCACAGAACACUAAUUUAUCCAUGUUUUAAAGAAUAAUAUAGCUUAUCCCAUUGAUUCAUAAUGUACAAACAUGUAUAUGUACAUGUUCUGCAGAUACAUGUAAUUAUAUUCGCAGAAACCGGUAAUUUAAUUUGUCUGUAAUAUUAAUAGAAGGGUUCUACACUAUAUCGCCCCGUAAUAGAUAUUAGGAGGUGAUAUAGUAUAGACUCCUUCUAUCAUUAUAUUACAGACAAAAUUACCGGUUCCUGUGGUAUAAUAUUCAUGAAUCAGUGGGAUAAGCAUCUUCGCUAGCCAAGGGUUUUCGGAGUGGACCGAAAACAGAUAAUGAAGAUGUGGGAUAAGAUAAUUUUUAAAACUUGUAUAGAUUAGUAUUCUGUUGUAAUGACACAUGUAGUUAAGCUUCCUGGAACCUAAAAAAAAAUGUUGAAAGAUACAACAUAGAUCGGAGAAAUAUUUUUUAAUGGUUCGAAUUUCCUCCAUUGUUGUUUUUUUUUUUUUUAUAGAUAAGUACAAUUUUCUUGAUCCGUACACCCACAGCCUCGGUGAACGUCCAGGACUGGCUACGUUCUUUGUAGAUCUCAUAAUGAAAAUAGAUAAAAAAUAAAACAUUAAAAAAAAGAUAACAAAAAUGAAAUGGAUUAAGAUGCAAAUAAAAGCGUAUACAAUGAAAUUAAUAGAAGAAAAUAGGCCUACAUUAAAACAUAGUAAUAAAAGUGUUGCCUCUGAAACCACAGGCACCUGAAGUAUGGAUAUUACUACCCCCUUCCCCUUUUUCGAUAAUUCUUUUGUUGCAAUAAUUUCACUGAAAUGUAUGAAUUCCCAGUCUAUCUCAUCCCUCUUUCAAUUUAUGUAAUCAUUUCAUGCUUUUUGUAUGCUUUGGAGAUUGGCCUUCUACCGAUAUAAUAAAAGACAGGGAAUUCACACAUUUUAGAGAAAUUAUUGCCACAAUAAAAAAUUAUCCAAAAGGGGGGGAGGUAAUAUCCAUACUUCAGGUGCCUCUGCUGAAACUCUAGAGGAUGAAAUAUACUAGUACUUAACCUAUUGAUUAGUACUUAACUGAAAAAAAGCAAACUAGAAUUAAUUUUUGGAGGGGUAUCAUCGGUAUAGGCUUCAUAUACGAUUUCAAUUUAAGGUACAGUGUAUAUUAUGAGGUGUUUUUGUCAUUAUUUGACCUGGUUACCACACAAUACGGAGUUGAUUAAAUUAGUGGGAGCUGGAACAAGUUUUCUACCCCCUCCCUUCCCGCUUUCUACGGGCCUGUCUGCAUGCUAAUCAUACAACAGAACAUUUAUAGUUUUAAAAGAAAUGUUUCGUUGUUUGGUAAACAUAUUAGAAGAAUAAGCUUUCUGUCAUAUCUUAAGUUUAUAUGCAUGUACCCUCUAACCUUUAAUCUAUUGUGACCUACAUUUUGAUUGGUUAAUUUGGAUUUUGAAUUUCGAAAUUCGAAUCUCGUAUUUGAAUUUCGAAUCUCGAAUGAGCCUUCUGGGCUUUCGUAAUAAUCGGCCAUACAAUACAAUAAUCAAAACAUUAAAGAUUUAUUAAAGAAAUUAGCAACAAUUACAUUUUGUGGCUAGUGCUUCACAGUACAAUACAAACAUGAAAAUAAUUUACUCGGAAAUCUCUGAUUACUUAAACGUGCUUCGUGAAAGAUAUACCGACAUGAAGUGAUGCAGUUAAUGCCCUCAUGUACUUUAAAAGAUGAAAUUUAUUUCUGAAAGGAAUAUUGAUAUGAAUAUUGCCAAGUACGUGUACAAUGUCUAUGCUAAUCCAUCGAGGCAUGUAAAUGCAGUUCCAAUUCAGAUGUCGGCAAUGAAUUGGUGGGAAGGAGCAUGUGUCAUGUAUCAUUGAUUAUAGCAUCACUUAAAUAGAAAUAAAUAAUCAAAAUUGUA